AUGGCUUACGUGUGGGCCAAUUAUAUGGGCCAAGCCCAACGUAUGAAGCUAGCUGGAGUCUGUGCGAAAGAGAGAAUAGAAGUAGUGGAGCCGGAGAAGAAAAUGAUAAAGUUUAGGGUUUUAGAGGGAGAUAUAAUGAAAGAGUUCAAGAGCUUUGUGAUUACGAUCCAAGUUACCCCUAAGCAAGGAGGGAGUGGAAGUAUUGUGAGGUGGCACUUUGACUAUGAGAAGAUUGAUGAGAAUGUGUCUCACCCUGAGACUUUGCUCCCUUUCUUUGCCGAGAUGAUCAAAAAGAUAGACGAACACCUCUUGUCCGAGGAAUGA